GUCGUGAGCAAAGCGAGUUCGAAACCAUUGCACAUGCUCAGACGGCGGGGCCGUAAAGCUACAUUUCAUGUUACGAACAAAGCGAAUGUCUUUGCUAACUAUUCACAGACGAUAAACGCACAUUUGCUGUACAUAUAGAACUAACGAUACCCACUAUUAUUGGAGUUAAGUGGGUGUUCGGUUCCUGACUAUGUCAACAGCCGACGAUUCACGUUACAACGAUCACGAUGACCGAGUUGGAGGACAAAAGGUUCGCAACCGUAAAGGCAGAGGGCCUUUCAGGGCCCCUAUGUAUAGUGACCAGGGGCCAGUAGGGCCAAGACCAAGACAUCGUGGUAGCCAAAGAGGCGGCGGCGGCCCGGGACCCAGAGCGAGAUUCGACGAUGAGGAUGGAGAUGUGGCAAUGGCGGACAGCAACUCCCAAGAUGGAUCCUCCCAACACAGAUUUAACCCUUAUGGAAGGCCAAAUCGGCGUGGUGACGACCGAUUUGACCGGGGCCGCAGAGGUGGUGGAGGAGGUCACAGGGGUCGUGGGAAUAACAAAGGAGGGGAUGGAGGUGGAGGUGGCCGCAAGAACUGGUUCAAGAUGUCUGUCCCCUAUGGAAAGAAAUACGACAAAGACUGGCUGAUAACAGCACUGCAGAAUAUCUGCUCCAUGCCCUUCACCCCAGUACAUUACCACGUAGAGGGAAACCGAGCAGAGUUCUUUAUUGAUGAUUCCACGACUGCGAAUGCCUUGUUUAAGGUAUCACGGAAGAUCACAGACAAAGAGGGCUACAAGGUGACUGUACUGAUGAAUCCCUGUCCUCCACCCUCCUUUCUUCAGUCUGAACUAAAGCCAGCUGAUCUGGAGCACCUGAAGCAAUGCAUGGCUAAACGUUUUGAUGGCUCUCAACAAGCGCUGGACUUGAACAACAUCCGGAUAGACCCAGACCUGGUGUCCCAGAACAUUGAUGUGACUUUGAACAGAAAGAACUCCAUGCGUGCUGUUGUUAAGAUAAUUGAGGAGAAUAUUCCAGAGCUUGUUUGUCUGAACCUUAGCAACAACAAGCUAUUUAGGCUGGAUGACCUGUCAGAGCUGGUCAACAAGGUUCCCAACCUGAAGACACUCAACCUUUCUCAUAACGAGUUAAAGACAGAGCGCGAGCUGGACAGGAUCAAGGGUCUUAAGCUGGUGGAGUUAUGGCUGGAGAGGAACCCCCUUUGUGACUAUUUCAAGGACCAGGCUUCAUACAUCAGCGAGGUGAGAGAGAGGUUCCCCAGGCUUCUCAAACUGGACGGUCAGGAUCUCCCCCCGCCCAUAGUCUUUGAUGUGGAGGUGACUCCUGCCGCCCUUCCACCUUGCAAGCCCAGCUACUUCUGCUCUGAAGAGAUCAAGACUCCCAUCGUUGGCUUCCUACAACAAUACUACAGUGUGUAUGACUCCGGAGACAGACAGCCUUUGUUAGAUGCCUACCACGAUGGAGCAACCUUCUCCUUGAGCAUGCCCUUCACCAUGCAGAACCCCUCCAGGUGCAGUCUUGGAGAUUACCAUAAAGACAGUCGCAACCUGAAAAAGCUCAAGGAUCCCACCACACGAUUCCGCUUACUGAAGCACACUCGUCUGAAUGUGGUGGCUUUCCUGAGCGAACUGCCCAAAACGCAGCAUGACACUGCAUCUCUAAUUGUGGACGUCAACACCUUCACCAACACAUUACUGUCGUUCACGGUCACUGGAGUGUUCAAAGAAGUUGAAGGUAAAUCCCGUGACUCUGUGAGAGCUUUCUGUCGGGUGUUUGUCACAGUGCCAGCUGGAGGGACAAGUCUUUGCAUAGUGAAUGACGAGCUGUUUGUGCGCAAUGCUACGACUGAGGAGAUCCGCCGGGCCUUUGUGGCACCUGCCCCCACCCCAUCCAGCAGUCCUGUCCCCACCCUCUCAGCCCCCCAGCAAGAGAUGCUCUCUGCCUUCUCACUCAAGUCCGGCAUGAAUCUUGAAUGGUCCCAGAAGUGCUUACAAGACAAUGAGUGGGAUUUCAACCGAGCAGGGCAGGUCUUCACAGACCUCAAGGCUCAUGGAAAGAUCCCAGAUGUCGCUUUCAUAAAGUGAACAGGAAUGGCUGUGAAGCUUUUUAAUUGUCAUUGGUCUUAUUUCUGUUGAUUCUUAUGCAGUUAUCCUCCUGGAUUACAAGAUAACAUAUACUUCAUUAUUUGUAUAAUUAAACAUGAUUUAACGUG